CUCUCAAGGCUCUGCUCCUUCCCGCGUGCACGCGACGGUGGGCAGGGAUUGCGCAGGCGCACCUGGGCCCUCCGGCCCCUCGUUGCCUUAGUAACCGCUAGAGCCGCCGGCGCUGAGGGCGCCGCCUCUUCUUAAGAUGGAGCCGUAUAAGCCGGACCCCGAAUUCCAGCGGAUCUACCACCGGUUGCUGCGUCCGUUGUCGCUCUUCCCCAGCAGGACGACACGCACAGCGUCUCAGGAGCACCUCUCGAAGGAGGUCCCGAUGCUACUGCCUUUACCGGUUCCACGGCUGACGGCGGAGUUGGUCUGCCGCCAGGUAGCCGAGCGGCUGACCAAAAGCGGGCUGGAGGCGCGGGCGCCUCACGAGGUACGGCUCCGUUUCACCGAGGUCAUCCUGGACGAGAUAAAGUGCAGCUGGCAGGAGCCCCCCCCCGAACUUGGCAUGAGUCACCUGAACAAUCAGAGGCUACGGAAGCGGCUCCUGAUCUACGUGCUGCUCAGCUGCGAGCAGCUCUUCGUACGCUACCUGCACCUCCAGAAGCUCAUGUCGACCUCCGCAGUCGUCUUCACUGAAUCAGCCACGCUUACCCGCUUGGCCGCCAGCCUCGCCAGGGACUGCACAGUUUUACUCACCGGCCCCGACGUCUACCGUAGCCUGCUCUCUGACUUCCUUGCCCUGCUCAAAGAAGAGCAGGCCCGAGUCUCCGCGCCCAGACUGCGCGCCGCUGGCCUUGGGGCUUACAGGCUCUUCCAGGUCCCAUGGCAUCACAUCACUGGCGUCACCCAAGUGCCGCAUUUCAACCUCAGCCUGAACUACCUCAUCCAACUCAGCCGCCCGCGAGACCUUGUCAGUGAGCCUGAAAAGGAUCCAAUGAAGGAAUUGAAGUCCAUUCCCCAGCUGAAGAAGAAGAAGCCUCUGCGCUGGCUGUCCUCCAUGCAAAAGAGGAGAGAAAGCACCUUCAGUUCACAGAUUGCAUCACCGCCUGGGACCUCUGUGGCUCCCCGCAGACGGGCUCCCCCCACCUCGCACUUGCCCCUCUACUCCCAGCUCCAGAGGGGCCAGUCCAUGCCCUCUCUGCGUGAGGGUUGGAGGCUAGCAGAUGAGCUGGGCCUUCCUCCACUCAGUCCUCGCCCCUUAACUCCAUUGGUCCUGGUGGCAGAGAGCAAACCAGAGCUGGCAGGGGACACGGUGGCUGAGGACCUGAAGCAGAUGAUGAAGAAUAUGCAGCUGGGGUGGUCUCAGUACUCACCGCUGGACUCAGGGCUGCCCCCACUCCUGGGGGCCCUGACCUACCGCCCAGCUGCUAGCCAUCACCUAGAAGAGCUGCAGAGAAUGUUGAACAGCCUUGAGGAGCAAGAGGCCUCGGAACAUCGGGGCCUCCAGUCCCCUAAACCCCCUCAGCUUGAACCACAGCCAGUGACUGUUACUUUGAAGCUAAGAAAUCAGAUGGUCCAGAUAGCUGCUGUACAGGUCUCAGGAAGAAACUUUUUGGAUUCCUUCCACAUUGAGGGGGCCGGUGUGCUAUACAACCACCUUACUGGUGAACUGGAACCCAAACUUAUUGAGCAAAUGGAUAUGGAUCGCACUUUUGGCAGUAGCAUCAGGGAAGUCUACAAGGAGCUGAUGAGCCGUGUCUCUAACAACCACUUCACUUUUGACCAGGGGCCCCUGGUUGAGCCUGCAGCCAAUAAAGACUGGUCAGCCUUCCUGUCCUCAGCCUUCCUGCGUCAAGAAAAACAGCAUCGUAUCAUCAACACCAAGCUGGCUGAACUUUAUCCCCAGAAAGCAAGCGCUUUACAGUCCAAUGCAGAUAAGAUGUCCUCCUUCACAUCACUCCAACCAAGUAAAAGCUGGGACAGGUGGUCAAACAAGGCCAGAUGGCUGAACUGGUGGAAAAGCACUUUGUCUGUGGGUGACUAUUUUAAGUACCUCACCACCCAGGAGACAGAUUUCCUCCAUGUCAUCUUCCAAAUGUAUGAAGAGGAGGGUCCUGUGGAGACCGUGGCCCCUAUCAAAGAAUCCAUAAAGAUCCAACACCCACCCCCUUUGCUAGAAGACGACGAGCCAGAUUUUGUGCCAGGAGAGUGGGACUGGGACAUGGUGCUGGAACACAGGCUAGAAACUAAGAGCAGCCUCCUGGAAGAGUCUCACAAAAUCCUGAGCCUGCAGAAGCGUCUGGAGCGGGUUUGGUCCAUGCUUGACGUUCCAGAGAAGGACCGGCUGGACAUGGCCAUCAAAUACAGCUCCAACGCCCGCCUGAGGCAGCUGCCGGCACUGGUGAGUGCCUGGGAAAGGACCUUGCAGCCCAUCCAGCUGCGGGAGAUACUGCUGGGGAGACUGGAGUGGUUUGAGCGGCAAGCCUCUGACCCUAACCGCUUCUUCCAAAAGACUGAUAUGGGCCUGAGUCGCUUCCUGGAGGAGAAUCAGAUCCGCAGCCAUUUCCAAAGGAAGCUCCGUAUGGUGGAGGCUCCUUUGGUUCCCCUCCUGGAGGAGAUCGAGUUAGUCUUUGGUGAGCCGGUGACCUUCAAGGGGCGGCGCUACCUGGACAAGAUGAAGCACGACAAAGUGGAGAUGCUCUACUGGCUGCAGCAGCGGCGGCGGGUCCGCCACCUAACCCGGGCCAAAAGGGCCUCCCAUCAGUCGGUCCUGUCCACCAAGCUCAGCGGCCAUCCUUUAAUAGCCCCAGGGAAUACUCCCAUUACUCUUUGACCGAACCAAGCACCCUCAGAUCUCUCUGUCACCCCCAUACACACAGCAGCUCAUCCAGACCUCUUGACUGCUUUGAAAGAAAUAUCUGGGAGGGCAGGGUUCAGGAAAUCUGCAUUCCAGCUACCAAGGGACUGACAUUAACACUGUAUUUUGACCACAAGUUCUCAUAAAAGAAGCCCCAAGCCCAGUAGUCCCAUUUCUGUCAAGCCAUGCACAUUACAGCCAAAGUCUCAUGUAUCAAAAGAACUGGGACCAUCCCUUGGAGUUCAUUGUAAUGGGAAAUGUCAGACAGACAGAAACCA